ACGGUAUGUUCAAACACGCCGCACGCUGCACAUGGUCAAGCGGAAGAAGCCUCGUUUGAAUGAGGAUGAAGCUUUGCAAGUGGAGAAGCCAAAGAAACAUGUGGUGAAAGACUCAUCGAAGAAGAAGAAGAAGAAGAAGAAGAACACGAAAGCUCCAGAGCCGGCUGAGGAAGUGGAGAAACCGGUGAGAGCAAAGACGAAGAGGAAAAAUACGGAGUCGCCGGUCGAAGCUGACAGCAAAACGGUAAAGGACACACCCAAAAAGAAGAGGAAACUUGAGGAGUCAAAGGUGGUCGAGGAGGUUGUUGGCGAAGCAUCGCAAGAUGUUGACACUGAUGAAGCUCAACGACGGGCUUUGCAGAAAGAGAUUCAGCAGCUGGUGAUCAGGCUUCGUAAGGAAGGGAAGUCACCGGCUGAAGUCAAAGCAGCCACGAAGGAGCUCAAGGCGAAACGUGGUGCGGUGAAGCAGAAGAAGAAAGAAAAGAAAGACAAGCAACGUGUCUGGGAGGAAGGUGCUGCGAAGAGACGCAAGGAGCACUUGCAGAGGCAGCAUGAUUUGGUCAUCAUACCAGUUGUUUGGAGAGGUCGACAUGACAAGCUGGAUGUCCUCAAGGCAGCUGAAGAUAUCAAGGCCUGCCUUUCACAGCAGGGCCUUGAUGUAUGGCUGGAUAGCAGGCGACAUCUCACCCCUGGGCAGAAGUUUGCCCAUUGGGAACAUCGUGGCGUGCUCUUGCGUGUGGAAGUGGGGCCUGACGAUUUGAAGGCCGGCGUGUGUCAAGUGUGUUUGGCUCACACGCCCGGCGACUACCAGUCGGUGGAAAAGAAGCGUGUGCGCUUACCCCCCGCUGGCACUCGAGCUUUGCUGCUGCGCCUGAAAGAGUGGGGCGUGGACCUGGAGAUCGACCGCCGCAGCGGCGACUCCGAGGAUGAGGCGGAGGCCGAGGCGGUUCCGAGGCCGACGAAGGGCGAGGCGGAGCUGCUUUCAGAUGUUCAAGGCAACUGGAGCCCUCGGGAGGAUCGAGCCAAACCAGGUCGGAAGGGCAAAGCGAAAGGCCGAGCCAAACGUGGAAACUAAAGCGAGCCACGAGCGCAGGGGUUGACCGUGUGUGCAAAGAGAGCGCAGUGGGAAACUGGAAGGCGGAGAUCGCAGAUUCAUAUGGUGGUCACGACUCCUCAUGUGGGGAUGGUCAAAGGCCCUGCUGGUUUGGGG